AUGAGCAGAAGACACUCCCAAUUUCGCCCCUGCAUCGAUCUUCACCAGGGCGUUGUCAAGCAGAUCGUUGGCGGCACUCUUGAUCUCACUUCUAUAUCAGGGGCUGGCCCUACAGAGAACUUUGUGGCUACUAAACCCACUUCCCAUUUUGCCAAUCUCUACCAGUCGAACAAUCUAACUGGUGGACAUAUAAUCAAGCUGGGACCGGGAAAUGACGCCGCUGCUCAAGAAGCUUGCGAAACAUGGCGAGGCGGUAUGCAGGUCGGAGGCGGCAUAAACGAAGACAAUGCUCAAGAAUGGCUAGACAAGGGUGCCUCUAAAGUCAUUGUGACGAGCUACCUCUUCCCCAACGCCAAGUUCGAUGAAGACCGGUUAAGUCGUCUUGCAAAGCAGGUCGGCAAAGACAAUUUAGUCGUGGACAUCAGUUGUCGAAAACGAGGGGAUGGUUGGGUGGUUGCCAUGAACGGAUGGAAGACGUUGACGGACAUGUCUGUGACAAAAGAGAGUAUCAAAAUGGUUGAAAGAUAUUGCUCUGAACUUCUUAUACACGCCGCAGACGUUGAGGGGCUUUGUCAGGGUAUCGAUGAAGAACUUGUCAAGAGCCUUGGCGAGUGGGUCAACAUACCAUGUACUUACGCAGGCGGUGCAAAGGGCAUUUCUGAUCUGGCACUGGUUGACUCGUUGUCUAACGGUAAAGUCGACUUGACUUUCGGUUCCUCACUUGACAUCUUUGGGGGAACAGGGGUCAAGUUCGAGGAGCUUGUACAAGAAGACAAAAAAGCAAAGGACGCUUCUCUGUAA